UCAUGAAGUUGAGGUGAUUUCCCUUGCAUCGUGGAGGGAUGGUGAGCUGGUUGCAUGACAAGUGGGAACCAUCAUGGAAUUUGUUAUUGUGAAGGUCUAAGGACCUGUGUAAGGGGAGGCAGCUGGGGGCACUCUCUCCGGAACACAGCACACCAUGGUCAUUGGCACUGGCUGACCACCGGAAUUAGGAAAUAGGCCAGGUAGUGGUGUACAUACAGGAGUACAUCAUAGCUAGUAAGGCCAAUGUGUAGGGCCUACCUAUAGGACACAUACACCUCCUGUGGUUAUCUGUUGGUGUACAUGGUCAAAGGUAGGCUCAUCUUCAGGGGCAAGUACAUUAACCGAGGUCACCAUCAACAAAGGACCCCUCCAGGACAGGGGAGGAUGAUGUAGUCUUCCAUGAGGUGAGGCCGGGACACAUGUACACACAGUAAUGGGCAGCACAUGUUGGUUGGUCUGCCACACAUCAUAAUGACUGAUUAAUGAAGGAGCAGUCUGCCUGUGUAUACACAUCAUAAUGACUGAUUAAUGAGCAUCUCUACCUGUGUAUCUUGUACAUCAACAAAGUGGCUACUUUCUCCCUAUAUCCAGGCUUUUCUGAGAAUAAUAGAUAUCUUGUUGUGAUAUACAGACAAAACAUUAACACUGAGAUAACUAGAAAAACAAGGUUGGUAUGUGAAAUAUACGUAAUUGUUCACCACCACAUCUGUACGUCACAACUGCGCCAAGCUUUAGUCAGAUUGGCUGAGGAAUUUAAGAAGAUUACAUGUAGGGAAAAGUGUUACUCAUCCGUAGCCCCUCCCUAAGCCUAGCCCCUCAAUGGUGUUCAGUAUUUAGGAGUGUGGGGGAGUACAGAGGUCAGUGUUGUCAUCAGGUACAAGGUCAGGAAUCUCACAACUGCUGACACCCGAUAAGAUAACAACACUACUACAACUCCUACUCACAGCCAUUCAUAAAACUAAUCAGUGUGUACUACCUACCACUAAAAGCACAUGGGCCACAAAAAGGAAAGUAGCUAGGGUCUGUGAAUAAGGACAUUGACUUAUGAAGUAGUGACUGAAAAUCUACAGUAAAGGCAGUGAACGGACUUAAACAGGUACACACUAAUCAUCAACAUUUAACUGUAAGCCUCUAAGGCAAACUACCACACAAUCCUAGCCAUUGUUAAUCUGAACAACUCAGUGAUUUGCAUUGUUAGAAAGGAGAUCGAAGCACAGGACUUUAUGCACACUUGGUAUGCUAAUCAUACACAGAUUACUGAACUCGAAUGGAUAUACCCGCCACUGAACACAGACAUGCGUGAACCACACCAGGACUGGAGCUACACGUGUGUAUACCUACAUUACCAAUAGUACUGUGUAUACCUUAGCUAGGCUUGGUGUUCUAACCCCUGUGUGAUACAGCCCUCAGGGAACACCAACACGCUAGACAUCUCACCUCACCUCACUCAGCCCUACCAAAUACCAGUUUAUUUUCCAAACAAAAGUCUGGGUUUGAUUUGAUUGAGAUAUGGACUGUUUGCUGUGAUUUGUGAUGGUAUCUGAGAAAAUGGCUCGAAGGAUGUGUGUGUAAUACAUAAGUAAGCAGUGAUAUCAUCAGCAAUUACAGGUGUAAUGAUGUGGUGAUGUAACAUUCUAUACAGGGUGACAUCUGUAUUAACACCACUUGCUGACCUUUUCAUCAGACCAAGGUACUGACCAAAUACUGGGGCAAUGGCCUUGUGUCCACUGGACUCUUUACUGGAGCACAUGUCACUGGCCGAACAAAGACCAGGAAAUUGUCACCGUUCAACUAAAUCCUAAUGUUGAUCUAAUUUCCCUAGUAUUCAGUAGAUUUCUGUUGAAGGAGAAGGAUGUACAACAGGCAGACUAUAUAAACUGACAUUACACGCUGGACAAGUCUCGGGUGGAGAGAUAUCUGUGUCAUUGUAUACAACAUGUGUAUUCCCUAUGAGGAUUGGCUCUUUGUCUAGUUUUACACUAUAUAUAGGCAUUACUGUGAGACUGUUAUUGGUGUGAUCAUUACCUGAACUCUACUAAGUGAAACUUGUGUAGAUUUUGUGUGGAAACACUACUUAAAUCACAUUGUGUUUUUGUACUAAUUGAUGGAUUAACUGGCUACAACAGGUAGGUCUUUGUUGUGAGACUAUGAACUCGUGGCUGUAGUUGUGAAGGUGUUUGGAUGGCCUUACCUAGUAGUAGUGAAGCCUUUGUCUUGUGAUACACUGAUGACUAGUAAACCAUUACUAAUAUAACAGGACACAUCGAGUAAUAACCGAGAGGUCCGGUUAAAACAGAAUGCGGUGCUAACUAAGGUCAGUGACAGUCAUUGAAAUAUACAUGGCUAAAAUGGCUGUGGUCAAGCGUGAGGUGGUCAGUAUUAUGGACGCUGUUGAGCCUGUAGAGUCCACCUAUGUCAAAAACUUUUUGAAAACUCAUACCACAACCCCCCCUCCAUGUAAAAAGUGCCAAAAAGAACGAUCAAGAAACAGCCCUAAAUGGAAACAAAAAUCUCGCCAGAAGCCAACCAAAGCCAAUACUCCUAUUGUCAUUCAGUUAAAAGAUUCUCUUAAGGCAGCUCUGAGACAAAAACAGCGCUCUCUAGCAGAAACUGUAGUCAAAUGCAAGGACGUGGAGGUAUCAGUAGACAACGAAGUGGAUAGUUCUCAGGGUAGAGACAACAUUACCACCAACGCCAAACAACUUAAACGAAAGCAUGAUGUCAAACAUCUAAGUGCCUUAAUCUCUGUGAUAGAGAAGUCCCAUAAGAAAGACAGAUAUACAAACUUUACACAUAGUGCCCAAAACACAAAUUCCAAACUAGUGGCUAAUUAUGUACUCAAUAAUGCAAGCUAUGGAACCGACACAAAGGACAGCUCCCGACCAAGGAGCAUCAUCGAAUGUGAAAAUGUUGAUGUCAUAUGCAAUGACUUGAAUAGCAGUGAGAAAAGUUCUGUCACAACCGAAGACACGGAGAGUGAAAAUGGAUCUACAAUCUCAAGUUCUGAAAUCCAGUCGGACUCCGAUCAGUCUGUUUCUUAUGAAAAUUCAGAGAAUUCCAAAAUGUCUAAAGAUGAGUUGGAGAAGUUGGCUCUGUUCACAACAGGGUGUCCCCUAGUGCGGAUUGACUGCCCACCCUCAGAAUGUCCCCAUUGUCUAUCCGAUAUGUAUAAUACUCAAUAUUAUUAUAACGAUGUCAACAGCGCUUUUGAAUUCCACAAGGACCAGGAGGGUGAGGAACCAAGUUCUACACCUCUCACCAUGCCUACUGCUGUUCAAGAUUCCGAGGGAGAAGAGGUGUCUGUUACAUCAUCAACGGAUUCCUCGGAUGUCUCCCCUGCCAUCUCACCUGUUCAGUCCAAAUUAUCCAAAAAUGCUCAACCAUUCAAAUCUAGAAAUCCAAAGAACAAUGGCCAAAGAUCAGUUAGGGGUAGACAACUCUUGGAUAUCGACAUUGUUGGAAGGGGAGGUAAAUCCGGCCAAGACCUGUUCCCCGACAGUGUUUAUAUUGAUUUGACGGGUACAGAUGUAACAUUUACUGUGUACUAUGAUCAAAGUUGGUCCAUGUUGGACAACAGCGACUCAUCAAGCAUUAUCGGUCAACCACACAUUGUUGACAACAACUAUGCAAUUUCCAGGAAUCAUUCCGUAUCCGAGUGGCAUCCAGGUGUUUUGGGGGAUCCCCCCUCUGACUCGGUCGACUUUUCACACAUGUCUGUGCCCCACUGGUACUGGCCCUACGUGUACCCUCCCCUCUACAGCCUCACUCCUCCCAUGUACAGCGCCCCUCUGGAUGCAAACAAUGUCCCAAAGACACAGAUGAUCCCCCCACACCAACUAAGAUCUUUCAAUUCCACUCAGCCCCCUAGCAGAGAAUGGGUAUGGUUAGCCCAUUCUGAAAGGAACAGACCAACAGCCAUCUUCACUGUGAUGUGCUACAAUGUACUAUGUGAUAAGUACUGCACCAGGCAGCUGUACGGGUACUGCCCCUCCUGGGCCCUCAACUGGGAGUACAGGAAGAAGGGCAUCAUGGAAGAGAUCAAACACUGUGCAGCAGACAUCAUCUGUCUACAGGAGGUAGAAACAGACCAGUUCUACAAUUUCUUCCUCCCAGAGCUAAAGAGGGAUGGCUACGACGGCAUCUUCUCUGCCAAGUCGCGAGCGAGGACCAUGACUGAAUCAGAGAGGAAAUAUGUAGAUGGUUGUGCAAUAUUCUAUAGAACAUCAAAGUUUUCCCUAUUAAAAGAACAUCUGGUGGAGUUUAAUCAGGUAGCUAUGGCCAAUGCUGAGGGUUCUGAUGAUAUGCUGAACAGGGUCAUGACCAAGGACAAUAUUGGACUGGCAGCCAUGCUGGAAACAAAGGAGGGUGUGUUUGAAAAUGGUGCACCACCAGAGAACUUAAUUCGUCAGCAGAUAAUGGUAGCAACUGCCCACAUCCACUGGGACCCCGAGUUCUGUGAUGUCAAACUCAUACAGACCAUGAUGCUCAUGUGGGAACUAAAGCAUGUCAUCGAAGAAAGUAUUCGCAGCUUCCGGCCAGGUUCCUCUACUCCGGACAUAAACUCCAUACCGCUCAUAUUAUGUGGCGACUUAAACUCCCUCCCAGACUCAGGUGUUUUGGAGUUUCUGAACUCAGGAAAAGUAUCAAGAAAUCAUAUAGAUUUUAAGGAGAGAGGAUAUGAUGACUGUCUACAGCGCAUCAACGUCUCCACGGAGAAGGAUUUCCUGCUUCAUGAUUUCCGUCUUGGUCGUGCCUACGACAAUGAUAUCAUGCCUUUCACCAAUUACACAUUUGACUUCAAGGGUAUCAUAGAUUACAUCUUUUAUUCACGUGACCACCUAAACUUGCUGGGUCUGCUUGGGCCCCUGGAUGCAGAUUGGUUCCAACAGAAUAAGGUUGUUGGUUGCCCUCACCCUCAUGUGCCCUCAGACCACUUCCCCCUCCUGGCAGAGUAUGAGAUGCCAGUCCCGAGGGCAGAUGGCUCCCGUAAAGUCAAUACAUCUAGCACGCCGGUCAAGAACAGAUAGUGCCUAGCACAAUUACUCUCACCUCAUCUGCCAAGGAGACAUUGACAGUCAUAACUUCAUAUUCACGUUAGUGUUAGGUAUCAUUGUACCUUUGUAGAAAAUAUCUUGAGAGUAUAUUUAAUGUUGAUUAUGACAGAAUUUCAAAUUUUUACUGUUAUUUUUUAUUGUACAUGAGGGUUUUUCAACCAUUUUUAUCACUGUCAUAUCAUGAAUAGUAAAAUUAUGUGAAUGAAUUUUUUAUAUAUACAAUUUUUUUAAUGAAAUGCAAGCAAGGUGCACAACCCCACUUGAGAACAAAUAAUAAGGGAGACAAUUCAUGUGUGAAUUAUUUGUUUGCAUUAUUUAUUGUUACCUAUUUAUUUUGCCAUAUCAUUGUGUAUGGUGAAUUUCUGUAUCAUGACAAGGGAAGAAGCAUAAUACACACAUCCAGCCAGUAUGGUGGCCCCACAAUCUUCACAACCAUGUUCCAAAUCUAUUUUCAUAAGACUUAGAUAACAAAUGGCAACAGUAUAUAGUGUGCUAUCAGGCAAAAUCUCUCCAGUGGUUUUCUACAUGGACAUGUAAUAAUUGUAAAGAUUGAGUUGAUUAUUGUAUUCAUCUCAGAUUUAGAAUCUCUGGUAGGAGCUUUGGUAACAGCAUAACCUGGCAGCUAUAGUGUCACAUGAUGACCCUAUUGGUGUAGUGGCCAUGGUUAUGUACAUCUAUAGUGUCACAUGAUGACCCUCUUGGUGUGGUGGCCAUUGUUAUGUACAUCUAUAGUGUCACAUGAUGACCCUAUUGGUGUGGUGGCCAUUGUUAUGUACAUCUAUAGUGUCACAUGAUGACCCUAUUGGUGUGGUGGCCAUUGUUAUGUACAUCUAUAGUGUCACAUGAUGACCCUAUUGGUGUGGUGGCCAUUGUUAUGUACAUCUAUAGUGUCACAUGAUGACCCUAUUGGUGUGGUGGCCAUUGUUAUGUACAUCUAUAGUGUCACAUGAUGACCCUAUUGGUGUGGUGGCCAUUGUUAUGUACAUCUAUAGUGUCACAUGAUGACCCUAUUGGUGUGGUGGCCAUUGUUAUGUACAUCUAUAGUGUCACAUGAUGACCCUAUUGGUGUGAUGGCCAUUGUUAUGUACAUCUAUAGUGUCGCGUGAUGACACUAUUGGUGUGGUGGCCAUUGUUAUGUACAGCUAUGGUGUCAAAUGACAACCCUAUUAGUGUGGUGUCCAUUGUUAUGUACAGCUAUGGUGUCACAUGACGACCCUCUUGUUGUGGUAGCCAUUGUUAUGUACAGGUAGUGUCACAUGAUGACACUAUUGGUGUGAUGGCAAUUGUUAUGUACAGCUAUGGUGUCACAUGACAACCCUCUUGGUGUGGUGGCCAUUGUUAUGUACAGCUAUGGUGUCACAUGACGACCCUCUUGGUGUGGUGGCCAUUGUUAUGUACAUCUAUAGUGUCACAUGAUGACCCUCUUGGUGUGGUGGCCAUUGUUAUGUACAGGUGUAGUGUCACAUGACAACCCUCUUGGUGUGGUGGCCAUUGUUAUGUACAGCUACGGUGUCACAUGACGACCCUCUUGGUGUGGUGGCAAUUGUUAUGUACAGCUAUGGUGUCACAUGACGACCCUCUUCGUGUGGUGGCCGUUAUGUACAUCUAUAGUGUCACAUGAUGACC